AUGACAUUUGAGCGCAGUUUUGCACGGCGUGCUGUCAAUAAUGUGUUCCAAGACUUCGAUUUUCCACUAAUAGACAAUUUGCCUUUGCACUGGGAUUUAAUUUCACAAGCAGAUCUUGAUGACUAUGUUACAUUACGCAAAAAUUUCUAUGACGAGAUACGUAAGUCCAAAAAGGGCGAGAGACACGAUGCCUUCAUACGCAGACUUAGAACAAUUCAUGACUUUGUUCAGCGUGGCGAUAAAGAUGACUGGAAACGAGGUCUUGUUUGUGGAAUUCUGUUUCUUUCAAAGGGAAUUGCCAUUCACAUACAACAAUUUCGGUUGCUGUUAGGUAAAUGCAAAUCUUCCAUCAAUGGUUCUUUGCAACAGAUUGGAUUCAUUGCACAUCCUCAAGGUGGCCCAGUUGAGCAAGAAUUGUACUCAAUGGUUCCUAUAUUUCAACGAGAAAAGAGUGAAAUCAAGAAAUGGACAGUUAGGGACAACACGCUAAACGUAAUUCUGUUUUCAGAUGAUCACAAGAUACUGAAUAAUCCUCCAGAGCUCGUUAACAAUGUUGGAACUGAAGCAAUUGAGCCAGUUAUGCGUCAUUUUAACGUUCCAAUCAAGUUUCGCCUGAAGUAUUAUCAUAUCCUUCAUACAAGUGUUGCAACACAGACAGAUGAAUGA